GUUCAAUUAUAACAACAACACCCCCCAUUACAACCUCAACAAGACCAACUACAACAACAUCUACAGCUUCAACUACAACCACAACACCCCCCAUUACAACCUCAACAACUGCAACUACAUCAACAUCUACAGGUUCAACUACAGCCAUAACACCUCCCAUUACAACCUCAACAAAUGCCACUACAACAGCAUCUAAAGGUUCAACUAACACCACAUCAGAUCCCAUUACAACCUCAACAACUGCCACUACAACAACAUUUACAGUUUCAACUACAACCACAUCACCUUCCAUUACAACCUCAACAACUCUCACUGCAAUAACAUUUACAAGUUCAACUACAACCACAUCACCUUCCAUUACAACCUUAACAACUGCAACUACAACAACAUCUCAAGGUUCUAAAGGUUCAACUACAAACACAUCACCUCCCCUUACAACAUCAACACCUCCCACUGCAACAACAUCUAAAGGAUUAACUACAACCACAGCAUCUCCCAUUACAACCUCAACAACUCUCUCUACAACAACAUCUACUGGUUCCAUUACAACCACAGUAUCACACAAUACAACCUCAACAACCCCAACUACAAAAACAUCUAUAACUACAACCACAAUAUCACACAUUACAAACUCAACAACUCCCACUACAACAGCAUCUACAGGUUCAACUAACAACACAUCAGAUCCCAUUACAACCUCAACAGCUCACACUGCUUUAACAUCUACAGGUUCAACUACAACCACAACACCUUCCAUUACAACCUCAACAACUCCCACUACAACUACUUCUACAGGUUCAACUACAUCCACUUCACCUCCUAUUAAAACAACAACAAAUCAAACGUCAACAUCUACAUCUGUACUUGAACCUACAGGUUCAACUACAACCUCAACAACCCCCACUACUAAAACAUCUACAGGUUCAAAAACAACAAAUCCUUCUCCCAUUACAACCUCUACAACUCCCACUACAACAAUAUCUACAGGUUCAACAACAACCUCAACAACCUCCACUACAUCAACAUCUACAGUUUCAACUACAACCACAUCAACUCCCACUACAACAUCUACAGUUUCAACUACAACCACAUCACCUCCCAUUACAACCACAUCAACUCCCACUACAACAUAUACAGGUUCAACUACAACCACAUUACCUCCUAUUAAAUCCUCAGCAACUCAAAUUUCAAUAUCUACAGGUUUAACUACAACCACAUCAACUCCCAUUAAAACCUCAACAACUCAGAUUUCAACAUCUACAUCUGUACUUGAGCCUACAGGUUCAACUACAACCUCACCAACCCCCACUACUACAACAUCUACAGGUUCAACUACAACCACUUCACCUCCUUUAAAAACCUCAACAAAUCAAAUGUCAACAUCUACAUCUGCACUUGAACCUACAGGUUCAACUACAACCUCAACAACCCCCACUACUACAACAUCUACAGGUUCAAAUUUAACCACACCUCUCAUUACAACCUUAACAACUCCCACUACAGCAACAUCUAGAGGUUCUACUACAACCACAUUACCUCCUAUUAAAUCCUCAGCAACUCAAAUUUCAACAUCUACAUCUGUACUUGAACCUACGUGUUCAACUACAACCUCAACUACCCCCACUACAACAACAUUUACAGGUUCAACUACAACCACAUCACCUCCCAUUACAACCUCAACAACUCCCACUACAACAUCUACAGGUUUAACUACAACCAUAUCACCUCCCAUUAAAACCUCAACAACACAGAUUUCAACAUCUACAUCUGUACUUGAACCUACAGGUUCAACUACAACCUCAACAACCCCCACUACAUCAACAUCUACAGCUUCAACUACAACCACAUCACCUCCCAUUAAAACCUCAACAAAUCAAAUGUCUACAUCUACAUCUGUACUUGAACCUACAGGUUCAACUACAACCUCAACAACCCCCACUACUAUGACAUCUACAG